CUGUCAAAUCGUAUGUGCCAAUUUUUGAAUAAAAAUUUUGUUUAUUUUGUAAACAAUUUAUUGCGCAGGUAGAAAAUUAUUAACUGUAAAUCAUUAAGCUACUCCAAAUAAAAUAGGAUGUAUACUAUCAGUUUAAAAUUAGAAUUCAUUUAGAAUUAAUUCUAUCCUCAGUAUUUAUAUGGCUAAUAGGAUAUUGAUUUUUGCUCGCGUGUGAGCUAUUGUGUUCUAUUUGUUUUUAUCGAAAACUGUAUAUGAAAACUAAUGGAAUGGUUUCGAAGCAAACGGAAAUAUUGUUUGCGGUGCGGGCGGUCACCUACUGUCGAUCCAGAAGUCAAAUUAUUUAGAUUUCCUCAUCCAGGCACGCGUAAUGUGGUUCGGUGUGAAUUAUGGGCAAGGUACUGUUUCCCCAAUGAGAGAUGCACAACUGAAUUUCAAAAAAAGCUGUAUAUGGACCAUGAAAUGCUGUGCGAUAGACAUUUUAAUAAGGGGUCGUUUGUUGAUUUCGAAUGCACUAAGCUGAAGAGAUGUGCUGUGCCCGAAGAAAUUGAAUCUGAUAAUAUAACAUUAACACACCUGCCGAAGAAACGGCUUGUUGAAUACAGACCAAUGAAGGUAGUUGACACAACAGAAAUGGCGGUGCUGACCGUGAGCCCGGAAACUCUAACCGUGUCAGAGGAAUUAUGUACUAUGGAAGAACAAAGAAACAUGUAUGAUCUGGACUAUCUCAUAAUUCAAGAAUAGAAGAAGUUAUAUCGAACGACGAAACAUUGCGGUCUAAAGUGGGGGGGAAGGAAAGGGGAGGGGGGAAAUCCCAUGACUCAACGGUAUAGUUACGCGACUGUUUCCAAACGCUCAUUUUUAUCCAAUUGUGUGUUAAGUUAUUAUUUAUUUAUUCUAUAUUGCACUUAUUUAACAUUAAAGAAAAAGAAAAGUGACAAAUAAAACUUACAUCUAAGUACAAUGGGCGGUCUUAUCGCUUAGAGCGACUUCUUCCAGACAACCUCGGAUACAAUAGAGGACUAUUAAAAAAAUUAGAUGGGUAGUAAAAUUAUUAAUAAGUUAUAAAUGAAUCUAUGAUAGAAACACAGAAACAUAACCCUCUUUUUGCGUCGAUGCUAGUUAGAUGCAUGUAAUCCACCAGUCUAUUUUGAAUAACUUAAAAAGGAUCGAAUCUAGUCAUAAAAAAUAGUCAUAGUUUACAAAUUAAUGUACAUGUUUUAAUCUACACAUGGUAACUAAUUCAUAAAUUAAUUUUUAUAUAUUUUUGAAUAUAAAAAAAUAAUUUGUGAAUUAGUUACUGUGUGUAUGCUGAAAAUAGGGAAGUUACUGUGACAUUUUAAAUCAGUACUAAUUCUAGUGUGGGAAAAAGACAGAGCUCGAGAGAUUGUCUGGCACCAUCUCUUUUCCACACUGGAAUUAAUACUGCUUUAAGACAUCUAUUUAACUCUCAGAAGAUCCUAGCUAAGUAGAGAAAUAAAUUAAUGUUUGAACUUGUCUGUAAAUAAAUUUGAUGCCUAUUUAAAAAUAUAGUAUGGGUGUAUACUAUAAAUGAUAGACAUAAUUAAUGAGAAAUGUUUAAUAAACAAAUUAUAAAAACUU